CCCUCGAAUACACAAACCCUGCACCCCUGCACCCCUACAUUUCUUUCUUCCUUUCUUUUUUCUUCCUUUCUCCUCUUUCUCUUCUCUUCCAUUUUUUCUUUAUCUUCUCCUUCUGAGUUGCGACGCCGCCUUUCUUCCGAAGAAUUCCUCCUCCUCCGCCGCCGCCGCCGCCGCAGGAAUAUCCAUGGCGCCUCCGCCGCACCGACGCUUGAGUUGAACUCACAACUUGAAACUUAGCCGCCUGCAAUGGACAUACUUUUCGCUCAGAUCCAAGCAGACCUCCGGUCCAACGACGCACUCCGCCAGUCCGGGGCCUUACUUCAAGCGCUGCAGCAAUCUGCUGCCGGACACGAUAUCUCUGUAAUCGCAAAAUCGGCAGUGGAAGAGAUUGUCGCCGCCCCGGCCUCCGCCAUCUCUAAGAAACUCGCGUUCGACCUCAUUCGCUCCACGCGGCUCACGCCGGAUCUAUGGGAAACUGUAUGCACUGGCAUUCGGAAUGAUUUAGAUUUUCCGGAUCCCGAUGUUACCGCUGCCGCCGUCUCAAUCCUAGCUGCCAUCCCUUCUUACCGCCUCGGGAAGCUUAUCAAUGAUUGCAAUAAAGAAAUUUCCGCUUGCUUCGAUUCAACUAGCGAUAAUCUUCGGUUUUCAAUCACGGAAACUUUGGGUUGCUUCCUCGCGCGCGACGAUCUAGUGACACUCUGUGAAAACAAUAUUAACUUGCUCGAGCGCGUCUCUAAUUGGUGGAAUCGCAUUGCUCAAAACAUGCUGGACAAAGCAGAUUCUGUUUCAAAGGUUGCUUUUGAAUCCGUUGGCAAAUUAUUUCAAGAAUUUGAAUCCAAGAGGAUGAGUCGACUCGCUGGAGAUAAACUAGUCGACACUGAAAAUGCUGUUGCAAUUAGAUCGAACUGGAUUUCAUCAAUGGUCGAUUUUGUUUGGAAAAGGAGAAAUGCGCUGAUGUCUCGAUCACUAAUCCUACCAGUAGAGAGUUUCAGAGCAACUGUUUAUCCAUUAGUUUAUGCAGUGAAAGCCGUGGCUUCUGGCUCGAUAGAGGAGAUCAAGAAAUUAUCUAUGUCAUCAAAGAGUAAGAGUGAUGGUAUGAUCUUAGAUUCUGCAGAGAGGUUUGUUGGAGCUUCAGAUGUUAUUUCACAUUUGGCACCAUUUUUGUCAUCAUCUUUGGAUCCAUCAUUGAUAUUCGAAGUGGGGAUUAAUAUGCUAUACUUGGCCGAUGUCCCUGGGGGUAAACCUGAGUGGGCUUCGACGUCCAUCAUUGCCAUUCUUACACUUUGGGAAAGGCAGGAGUAUUUUUCUGCACGAGAGAGUAUAGUCAGGGCUGUUGUGACUAAUUUGCAUCUCCUUGACCUAAGUAUGCAGGUUUCGUUGUUUAAAAGGCUUCUUCUUAUGGUCAGGAACUUGAGGACGGAAUCAGACAGAAUGCAUGCUUUGGCAUGCAUCUGUCGGACUGCACUUUGUGUUGAUCUUUUCGCAAAAGAGAGUGUACGCCGAGGUCAAAAGCCUCUUGCUGGAACAGAUAUUGCUUCACUUUUUGAAGAUCCGAGAAUCAAGGAUGAUCUCAAUAGUGUUACUAGUAAAAAUCUGUUCAGAGAAGAAUUAGUCGCCAUGCUGGUGGAGAGUUGCUUCCAGCUGUCGUUGCCUUUGCCUGAACAAAAGAGUUCUGGCAUGGAGAGCAGGGUGAUUGGUGCUUUAGCUUAUGGAACUGGUUAUGGUGCAUUGAAUUGGACAGAGCCAGCACUGGAAGUGGUGGAAGUAUGUCGGCCAUGUGUCAAGUGGGAUUGUGAAGGUCGAACAUAUGCCAUUGAUUGCUACCUAAAGUUGCUGGUUAGGCUUUGCCAUAUUUACGACACCAGAGGUGGUGUCAAAAGAAUCAAAGAUGGGGCAUCCCAAGAUCAGAUACUGAAUGAAACAAGGCUACAAAAUUUGCAGCGAGAACUUGUUAAAGAUCUUCGUGAGGUUAACACCCCAAGAAUCACUCCACGGCUCCUAUGGUCUAUUUCGGAGCAUAUUGAUUUGGAGGGGUUGGACCCUCUUCUUUCUGAUGAUCCUGAGGACCCGUUGAAUAUCAUUGUUUCAAAUAUCCACAAGGUUCUGUUUAACAUAGACUCAUCUGCAACUGCAACAAAUCGGAUUCAGGAUGUUCAAGCUGUUCUCUUGUGCGCCCAGCGUUUGGGAUCACGCAAUCCCAGGGCCGGACUUUUGCUUACUAAGGAGCUUGAGGAGUUUAGAAUCAAUCCUUCUGCUGAUUCAGUCAAUCGGCAUCAAUGUCGGUAUAUAUUACAACGAAUCAAAUACGUUACUAAUCAUGCAGAUGACAAAUGGACUGGGGUUAGUGAUGCAAGAGGAGAUUAUCCAUUUACCCACCACAAGCUAACUGUGCAGUUCUAUGAUUCGUCUGCUGCUCAAGACCGGAAAUUAGAAGGUUUGGUUCAUAAGGCAAUUUUAGAGCUUUGGAGACCCGAUCCCGGCGAAUUAACUCAGCUGCUUACGGAAGGGGUUAACUCAAGUAGAAUUCAGGACCCUCCAAGUACAGUUGCUUUGAGUGGUAGUAGUGAUCCUUGCUAUGUCGAAGGAUAUCAUUUAACAGAUGCAAAUGAUGGCAAGAUUACACUGCAUUUGAAGGUUCUGAACCUCACAGAGAUUGAGUUGAGCCGGGCAGACAUACGAAUUGGGCUGACUGGUGGUUUGUACUUCAUGAACGGGUCUCCUCAAGCUGUGCGACAGCUCCGUGAUCUCAAUUCACAGGAACCCGUAUGGUGCAGUGUGACUGUCGGUGUUUCACAUUUUGAGCGAUGCGCCCUUUGGGUCCAUGUUCUCUACUUCCCUCCAGGUGUAGGCGACUAUUCCGAAGAAGAUCCACAGGCUUACAAACAGAAGAAAAGUUUGAGGCACGAAACAGAAGAUCCUGUGAUUUUAAGAUGUCAGCCAUACAAAAUUCCCCUUACCGAACUUCUUUUACCUCACAAAAUCUCUCCUGUCGAGUAUUUCCGCAUGUGGCCUAGUUUACCAGCUAUAGUGGAGUGUACUGGCAUGUAUACAUACGAAGGAAGCGGCUUUAAGGCCACAGCAGCACAGCAGUACGGCGAGUCUCCUUUCCUCAGUGGCUUAAAAUCUCUGUCGUCUAAGCCUUUCCAUAAAGUUUGCUCGCAUGUUAUCCGGACUGUCGCUGGAUUUCAGCUGUGUUACGCCGCUAAAACCUGGUAUGGUGGGUUUGUCGGCAUGAUGAUAUUCGGCGCAAGCGAAGUGAGCAGAAAUGUGGACCUUGGCGACGAGACAACCACGAUGAUUUGCAAAUUUGUCGUUCGAGCUUCAGACGCAUCCAUCACAAAGGAGAUCGGCGCAGAUCUUCAGGGGUGGAUGGACGACCUCACUGACGGAACCAUCGAAUACAUGCCGGAAGAGGAAGUGAAAACAGCCGCGGCUGAGCGGCUGAGAAUCUCAAUGGAACGUCUGGCGUUGCUAAAGGCUGCUCGGCCUCGUCCAAAGUCCCCCAAACCCGAAGAUAAAGAAGACGAUGACGACGACGAGGAGGAUAAGGAGAAGAAGGAUGAUGAGGAAGACGGCGAAGGUGGUAAAAGCAAGGGGCCUUCGACGCUGUUUGAAUUAAGUCCCGAGGAAGUCGAGCAUCGCGCCCUGCAAGUCGCGGUGCUACAAGAAUGGCAUAUGUUGUGUAAAGACCGGAGCAUUAAGGUAAACUAACUAAUUGCCACUUUUUCAUUCGUUAUACUGCUUUCUUUGAUUGCUGCUUUUUGCCUGGUGUUGUAUGCUUAUGAUCUUUUGAGUUGUAUGUAAUAUUUGUUGCUGUUAUGUCAAAAUCUGUUAAAAAUGAUUCUCUAGGUUUGGAUUUUUAUUUUUUUUAUUAUAUCGUGGGAAUCAUUGUUGCUA